CCAGGAGUGUGUGUGCCCAUUUAUUCGGUGGGUUCUUGCUUCAUAACAUGAUCAGCUGCCUGUGGCAGAUUGGCAUCACUCAGCCCAGUUAGACCUUCAAAUUAUAAAAUACUGCAAGCCACCUGUUCCCUGAGCAACUUUCAGCCCCAGUUUUCCACACGGAUCACAGCUGUAGAGUGGGAAACACCUGCAGACAGCGGGAGGGGGAAGGUGCGCGCUGUGCCGUGUGAGGGCGCGGAGGAGCAGAGCCCCGCGCCGCCCCGCGUCCCUCGCAGCCCCUCAACUUCCCUCAGGCUUCGCGCCUCGGGCCGCGAGAUUGGCGGGAAGAGCAAGGGAGCCGAGGGAUUGGCUGGAGGAGCAGGGGAGCCGCGGGAUUGGUGGAGCGGCGGGAGGGGGGCGGGGCUUGGCGCUUCGAGAAGGCGGGCGGGUGCUCUUCGCCGGGCGCUGCGCGUGGCUCCUCACACCCCCUCAGCUAUGCCCAAGGCCGAGGAGCUGGGGGCAGCGAGCGGCACGGGGAGCAGCCCGGAGGAGGAAGAAGAGGGAAAGAAAAGAAAGAAGGAAAUGUCUAUGAAGUCAGAGAAAAGGCCAAAAGUGGAGGCUAAGCAUUCGAGGGUGGCAGCGAAGGCCCAGGGACAAAGCAGUGAAGAAGAAGGCAUGUUCCAGAUUGGGAAGAUGCGCUACGUCCGAGUGUCCUGCUUCAAGGGGAAGGUCCUGGUGGACAUCAGGGAGUUCUAUAUGGACAAGGAAGGGGACAUGAAGCCGGGGAGGAAAGGCAUUGCUCUGUCUGCAGAACAGUGGAACCAGCUGAAGGAGAUAAUUCCUGAGGUUGAUGCUGCAGUCAAGAAAUUCUAAGCUGAAGGAUGCUGGACGUCUUCAAUCUGUUUCCUUCCCCUUGAGUGAGCUGAGAAGGAUAGGGCCAAGAAAUCUCACCUGGAGCUUUUCCUUUGCCAUGCGGGGCUUUCUGCACUGAGGUGGUGGUAAUGAAAACAAAAGCGUCUCCGACGCUUGUAAUGAGCACGUGGAACUAGAACCAGUGUGAGACUGCAGCCCUCCUGGCCUCAAGCAGACGUGAGGUCUGUGCUAGUGAGGGAACUGAGCAGCUCAGUGCUUGGGAAGACAUGAGUCCAGCCUGGCUUUCCACAGGGGUGGCUGGCAGUCUGCCCUGCGAGUGCUGUGGCUGCUCCGCAUCUUUACUGUCCUCCACUUGGUUGAGUGCUGAGCAAGAUGGCUUAGAUACCUCAUAUUGUCAUCCUUUGUCUCUCUUCCACCUGCCAUUCUGGGUAUGUCAAGUAUUCUCUGUGUUGGUGGGGCUUUUUCUUUUCUUUUUUUUCUUUUUUUUUUUUUUUUUUUGUGAGUGAAGAAAGUUCAGCAACUGCUUGGUUUGUAGAGGGUGAAUAUGCACAAUAAAUGUGUUGGCAGCACAAAAAGAAGGAAAAAAAAAAGAACUCCUUGUUUCAGGCAUCCUUUGCAGGUUGCUGCUGGGUUUCUCUUUCAGGAGAGCGCUGUGUAGCAUUUAUCCUCAUGAUGCAUUCCCCAUACUGCUGCACAGAAGCAGUCAGAUAGCAGCCUGCUCCAGGCCAUGGGGAGGAGGAGUGGGAAUCAUUCAAAGGAACUUAGGAGGCUUAUUAAAGAAGGAAAUUAAAAGCCUAAGAUGGCAAGCUACGGAAAGAGUAGAGAGAGGAUAUUUUCUGCUCGGGCUCUAAAUGGUUCACGCUCCAGGAUCAGCUGCAGCAAGCACAGCCCUCCUCAGCAAGACUUUUCCAGACUUUGCAACAGCCUGCGUCUUCCGUCUAUUUUGGGUUCUCUCCUUGCCCUGGUUUCCAUAGUAUCCGAAUGCUUCCUGCUCUUAAAUAUAUCCCUCUGACACUUGCAGCACCUUGGUGGAGUAGGAGGUACUGAAGCCCUUGCUCUGUAGAGGUGCUGGGCUGCGACAGCUCGGGGCUGAGUGGAAGAUGCGGGGUGGAGCUGCGAAUUGAAACUAGGCUUUCCCAAAUGCUGAGUUCCUAGCUGCUCUCACUUCCACUGGGGAUAGCGAGAGGGGGGGGUGAGGGGAAAAAAUAAAUCGUGAAACCGUCUCUUAACUAAAUCUUGAAGGGCUCAGUCCUCUGGCUGUAGGGGUGUGGAGGUGGGCAGACUCGGUGACUGCUGCCUUCCCUGUUGUCCUGCAUUCAGGUGGUGUCUAGCAAAGUGCCACGGCCCUCUGACCAGCGACAGAGCUCGGGUGCACUCCUGCACGAGGCUGUCCCAGAGCCAGGUUGCUCGUGCUGGUCUCCUAAACCUGCCAGUCCUUGGGCUGAGAGCUCUCGGCUCGGCGUGAUUAGCAAAUCAUUGCCAAGAGGUUUUGCUGCUGCUCACCUGCAGUCAUCCUACAGUGAGAGUGUGGGGUUGUCAGUCCUGGUGGUUGGUUGUCAUUGUGUUGCCAUAAGAUGGAGCUUUGCGAGGUGGAUGCGGGCAGGGCUGCUCUUCCUGCUGUCCAGGCCCCCUCUCAUGCUUCCACAGCAGAGAAGCUUUGCAGGUUGUUAAGGCUUCUUGUGUACUCCUACAGCGUGUGCUGUAGGUAUGAAGCCACGGUGCUAGGAAGGCUCCGUCCUUCCGUCCCAGCCCCGGGGAACUGAUAUUAAAGUGACACAAGCAACCCUUUCCAUCCACCGUGCCCAGUCCGGGAGCAGUGCUGGGGGGAAGCAGUGGAGCUGGGCUGUGCUGCAUCCCCGUGGCCGAGCUGGUGAAGGCAGCUGCUCCUCGCGGGGCUGAACUCCGGGCUGGUUGGUGCUUCAGCAUCACCCCGAUGUAGCAGAGCUGGGAGCGACUGUGAGACAGUCCGUGCCGCCCGAAAUGUGCUUCGUGCCCCCUGCUGCCUCACGGCAUCCGCCGCAGCUGGAGGAGCGGGUGGGACAGCGGCCCCCGUUGUGGCACGGGGAGGCAGGUCUGAGCUCGGCAGCGAUAGCGGCUGCUCCGACAUGGCUGUGCCGCCAGCUGCAGCCCACCCGGCACGGCCUGAGCGGGGCCUGCCGGGAUCUGCGGGCAGGAGGGAGCGGAGCUCCCCGAGAGAAAGGGGCUUUUGUGCGGCGAGGGCUGGGAGGGCGCUGCGGGACAGGUGCUGCCGG